AUGGAUAGCACCCUGUCUGCUACUGUUGUACCGGGGCCGGAAGCGUCGGGAUCUUUGGUGAUUGGAGUAGAUGUCGGAGGCACCAACACAGACUCGGUCCUCCUUGACCUCUCAAAGUCUGGCAGCGAUGCGGUGCUGGCGUCGCACAAGGCCUUGACCAAUAGCAAUGUCGCACUUGGGGUCCAAGACACUCUGCAGGCCCUCCUGGCAGCGGCGGCAAAGGCUGGAGUGGUAGUAGCAACCGCAUCCGACGCUUCCGGCGGGUGCGAUACAUCUUUAUCUAAAGUCACCGCCGUCGCCAUCGGCACCACGCACUUCCUCAACGCCAUCAUCGAGCGGGAUGCGUCAAGGGUCGAAAAGGUCGCCGUCCUCCGGCUGGCAUCACACAACUUUUCAACGGGCACUCCUCCGUUCGCAGACUGGCCCCGAUCGCUGGAAAACCUCAUCCAUGGCUACUCGGCCAUCAUACCUGGGGGAUGCAACAUCGACGGGACGCUGAUCGCACCUCUCGAUGAGGACGAGGUGCGUAGGCACGCCGCCGCCAUCAGAGCCGCGGGACUCAGGAACGUGGCCAUCGUCGGCAUCGGCUCUCCCAUGGACGAGCACCACCAACAGGAGAAGCGCGCAAGGGACGUGAUCUUGGACGAGCUCGGCGACGAAACCAACGUCGUCUGCUCUGCCGACAUAGCAGGCAGCGGCCUGCUGGCCCGGGAGAAUGCCAGCAUCCUCAACGCUGCCAUCCUCAGCUUCGCGCGCCGCACCAUCCGCGCCUUCAUCGGCACCAUGGCCCACGUCGGCCUGAGCUGCCCCCUGUACCUGACCUCUAACGCGGGCCACCUGCUUCCCUUCUCCGAGGCCAUGACGGCACCCAUCAGGAUCUUCUCCUCGGGCGCGACCAACUCCAUCCGCGGCGCCGCGUUCCUCGCGGGCUCCGAGGCCAUCGACCGCGCGGGGAGCGUCGUGGUCGACAUCGGCGGCACCACCACCGACGUCGGCUACCUCCUCGGGAACGGCUACCCGCGCCUGGCCAAGAGCUACAGCGACCUCGCAGGCGUCAAGGUCAACCUCGAGAUGGCGUCGGUCGAGAGUGUCGGCCUAGGCGGCGGGUCCACAGUCCGCGUCCACCAGGCCUCGGUCUCGGUCGGCCCGCAGAGCGUCGGCCACGACCUCACGACCGCGGCCCUCUGCUUUGGGGGUAGCCAGAUCACCGCGACGGAUAUAGCAGUGGCCGGAGGAGCCAGGAUCGAAGCCACGGGGCUGCGGGACAUCGAGCUUGACCAGGCCGUCGUGGCUUCCGCGCAGGCGUGCAUUAAAAAGAUGAUCGAAAGAACCAUCGACCGCGCCAAAUCCUCCCCGGAACCCUGCACCGUGAUACUUGUCGGCGGGGGCUCGAUCCUGUGCCCGCGCGAGCUGCAAGGCGUGCGCAAGGUCCUCGUCCCGCCCCACGCGGCUGUGGCCAACGCCGUCGGUGCCGCCACCGCCAACGUGCACGGUGCCGCCGAGAACAUCAUGUACGGCGCGGACGUAGCGGCAGGGAUAGCGGCCGUGAGGAAGAAGGCGGUGGAAAACGCCGUUGCCAAGGGCGGUGACGCGCGGGGCCCGGUUACCGUGCUGCACGAGGAGGUCGCCGGCGUGCCGUACGUGGAGGGCCAGACCGUUAUCAAGAUUGAGGUUGCGCUCCCCGCCGACCAUGCGCGCGUCUACGCCGAGAUGCUUCGGACGCCUUUCGAGAAUUACGAAAAGGCUGUGGACGAGGAGGCCAGCGGCUCCGCUGAGACUGCGACUGGUGAUACCGGGGAUGCUGUACAGGUCGAUGCGGAAGCGCCAGCUACAAGCCCAGAGGGUUACAGGCCUGAAAUAACGCCCGACGGUCAAUGGAAGGUUUCCCAGACGGACAUACACUUCUUGUCCAUCGGCUGCUACAUACUAGGCUGUGGAGGCGGCGGGUCGACCUACACGCACCAUCUCGAGCUUCGGCAGCUCCUCGGCGCGGGUCACGAUGUUAGAAUAGUGCAAACUGCGAGCUUAGGUGACGGCGACCUGCUCGUCCCGGUCGCCGGCGUCGGCACGCCCGCGGUGGGAAUCGAGCGGCCUGGGGGCGACGGCGUCUACCAUGCCAUGCAAGAAAUGGAGAAGCUGACAGGCGGGCGCUUUAGCAAGCUGUUGGCGACCGAGAUUGGCGGUGCCAACGGGGUGGGUACGCUUCUCUGGGGGAGCUCAAAGUACUACGACAUACCUACCGUAGACGGGGAUCUGAUGGGACGAGCAUACCCAAACUUCGAGAUGGUCUCGCAGUACGUCAUGGGCAAUUCUGUAGACGAGUUAUUGCCGGUCACACUCUGCAGCGGCACAGGUCACAACGUGGUAAUACCGCGUGGGCAGCCAGACGCAGCCACAGCAAGCGCGGCGAUCAGGGACAAACUGAUCGCCAUGGGAUCCGCCGGCGGAGCGGCCGGGAAUCCCAUAACGGGUGCCGAGAUGAAGCGCUUCGGCAUUCCCAACACCUUCUCCCUGGCCUGGCGACUCGGCCGGGCCGUGGUGGCGGCCAAGUCCCGAGCGCGCACAUGGUCAUUCGCCGACGUUGCGUGGUCCAUCAUUACCGAGUGCGGCGGGCCGAAGUGCUGCCGGAUGCUCUUCAGGGGCAAGAUGCGCGGCGUGGAGAGCCGCAUCACGACGACGGCGCACAGCAUCGGCCAGGUCAUCAUCGAAAAGGUCGACGAAGAGGAUGAAGACGACGGACUGUGUGACGGCGAAGAGGUGGGUUCCGUCAUAGAGGUCAAGGUGCCUUUUAUGAACGAGAACCUCAGCGUCGUUGGGAGGAACGCUGAAGGUACUGAGAAGGUCCUUGCCAUGGUCCCCGAUCUCAUCAUGAUCCUCGACAUAUCCACUGGCGAGAACGUGGGCGUGCAGGAUUACAGGUACGGCCUCAAGGUAGCAGUCAUGGCCAUGGCUCCUCACCCAGUCUGGACCACGAAGCGAGGCCUCGAGAUCGGAGGACCCAAAGCCUUUGGCCUCCCAUACGAAUACGUCCCGACGCUCGAGUACAGCAAACCCCGAAGCGUGAUUGACGAGUUCCAGAGCCCAUGUGCCACUGCUCCAUGA